AGCUGCAAAAACACAGCCGUCUUCAUGGGAACAGCGCAAAGGAGGAAACACAGUCAUUCUGAUUGAUCAGCGGGCCCGAGUUGGAAUCUUAGUUCAGACACAUAUAUAAUAGGAAUCCGUAUGCGUGUGUGCUAAAGGCAGACGAGCAUCUUUAAUCAACAAGAUUUGGAAUUUACCAGGUGAUCUGAGAAGGAUCUGACUCACUACUUGUGUGGAAUAUAACUUCUGGGUUUAAACUUUGAAUACAAAAUUGAAAGAGCCAUAAGUGCUAUUUCAAGACAGCGAGAAGCCAGAGAACAUGGGUAUCUGCCCCAUCAGAUGUCAAUCCAACAUGACAAUCCUAGAAAAUCCACCUGAAACUGGAUCACCACCCUCCCAAGAGAGUGUGCUUGUAUCCCUCUGUAACUACCCGUCCUUUGAGCACACAGAGUUGACCAUGUGCACCGGGGAACGCCUCACCAUCAUAUCAGAUGAUGGUGAUUUCAUGAUGGUGAGAUCCACGAGCACAGGCCGUGAGAGCUACAUCCCCACCAACUACACAGCCACGGUGACGCAUAGGUGGCUGUUCACAGGCAUCAGCAGGUACAAAGCAGUGGAGCUGCUGAUGCAGCCUAGUAACGACAGUGGAGCCUUCUUGAUCCGAGAGUCAGAGACAAACAAAGAUUGUUACUCGCUGUCCGUCCUGAGUAGGACCAACUCUUCAUACCUGGACUGUGUCAAGCACUACCGCAUCUCUCAACUCCCAAAUGGCUGGGUCUACAUAUCUCCAGGUGUCACCUUCCCCACCUUGCAUCACCUGGUGGAACACUACUCAGAGUCUGCAGACGGAUUGUGCUGUCAGCUGAAGGACCCUAGCUUCAUCCAGGGUUUAGACAACGCUAGAGAGGUCAGGCCUAUGCCCAUAACUAUCAGGAGGCCUACUAUCAACUGGAAGGACAUUAGCAGGUCAGUGAUCUUCAGGAGGACGAGAACAGAGUCAGACAACUCUCUGGUGAGCGAGGGGCUGAGGGAGGCCAUCAGCUCCUACCUCCAAAUGACAGAGGGCAACGAUCACAGCUGGGACACUUGAGGAGAGACAGUGGAUCAGAGAGAGAGAGAAGUCAGAUGGAUAUAGUGAAGUCAAAUACUGUCCUGUCGCAUCUGCAGUUUGGGCAAGCCAUUGGAAAAGGUCGUCUGUAGCCCAAAUGUAGUCUUUGCAGACCGCCCUGAAUCAGCAGGAGGGCUGAGACACUACAAUGUCUGGAGUCGUCGCAUGUAUGUCAGCAAGAAGAUUGUAUUAGAAUCACACAGGGGAGGUGUGAGCUGAAAAUGUAAAAUCAUGGAGAUAUUUGUUCUUAUUUGGUUUUAAAAGUUGAACGUUUCUCUUAAUUUAUAUACACAUAUAUGUACAUGCUGUUUGAAUGCCAUAUGAAAUAUGUUCAUUAUUUUAUAAUAUGAUUGUUGUCAUGGUUAUGUUAUUGGAAUCCAAUAAAAUAUAUACCUAUGUGAUUGAGCAGCGCCUUCAAAUAUA